ACUUAAUCCGCGCCGGGGAGCGUUUUCUAUUCCCUGGCGUUUGGAUUCUUUAGACCGAAAAAGGGGUAGAAAGAAAGUAAGGGGAGGUUGAAGUACGCUAUCACAGACAACACAAACAGGGAAAAGAAAGUGUGCACAGACGUACACCUGGAAGUGCCUGAAUCUAAGUUUAAGAUAAUGGAUUCUGAAUUAAUGCAUAGUAUAGUCGGAAGCUAUCUUAAACCUCCAGAAAGAGUGUGUGUUCCAUCAGUCACCCAGAGUGAUGAAUCAUCUCAGACUCGCUACUCUGUGAACUUAGAAGUUACAUCUUCUAAGAUGCUUCGUAGUCCAAAUAGCCAAGCUCUUAUUUUAGCAUUAAAAACUCUUCAGGAAAAGAUUCAUCGUUUAGAGUUAGAGAGAACACAAGCUGAAGAUAACCUGAACAUUCUUUCCAGAGAAGCGGCACAAUAUAAAAAGGCCUUGGAGAAUGAAACAAGUGAGAGAAAUCUGGCACAUGAGGAACUGAUAAAGCAGAAAAAAGAUAUAAGUAUGCAGUUAAGCUCAGCCCAGUCUCGCUGCAUCCUCCUAGAGAAGCAACUAGAAUAUACAAAGAGAAUGGUUCUCAAUGUAGAACGAGAGAAGAAUAUGAUCCUAGAACAACAGGCCCAGCUUCAAAGGGAAAAAGAACAGGAUCAUAUGAAGCUUCAUGCAAAGCUUGAAAAGCUUGAUGUCUUAGAAAAAGAAUGUUUUAAGCUUACAACAACUCAGAAAACUGCUGAGGACAAGAUUAAACAUUUAGAGGAAAAACUAAAGGAAGAGGAACAUCAGCGUAAGCUCUUUCAAGAUAAAGCUUCUCAGCUUCAAACUGGACUUGAAAUCAAUAGAAUUUUAAUGUCUUCAGUAACAAAUCCAAGGCACUUCAAGGAAAAGAAGAAAUCUUCAAAGAAAACUAAAUGUUUAAAGAGAGGACCAUCUCAGCAAAUCUGUUCAAAAUUUGGAACACUGCCUAUUAUGGCUGAGAAGUCUGCCAGUGCAAGCCAUUCUGCAAAUGCAAGUACACAAAACCUCAAAACAGUGCCACAUUAUGGGCCACAUAUCCUUCAGCAACCAGCUGAAGUUACUGAACUUAGAUGUCUCUACAAGCCUUCUAGAACAACUUCUCAAUGUAAAGCUGUACCUUCUGACUCAGAAAAGUCCAUUUCUAUUUGCAACAAUUUGUCUGAACUUUUGAUGGCAAUGCAAGAUGAGCUGGACCAAAUGACUAUGGAGUACCAAGACCUGCUGAAUCAAAUGAAAGAAACUGAAAGCCAAUCAGUCUGUGAAGAUAUAGAAUGUGAACUAGAGCGUUUAGUCAAGAAAAUGGAAAUUAAAGGAGAACAAAUUUCCAAACUAAUGCAGCAUCAAGAUAGCGUCCGCAAACUGCAGCAAAAAGUUCAGAAUUCAAAGAUGAGUGAAACUUCAGCUCUUCAGCAAGAAGAUGGCAACUGUAAAGGAACAAAGAAUAUAAAAAAUAGCUCCAGAAAAUGUUUGCUAACUAACUCUCUUCAAAAGAACAGCAACUUUCGUCCAAUACGAGUCCAUAAUCUUCAGAUGAAAUUGAGACGAGAUGAUAUUAUGUGGGAACAGUAACACAAUAGCAAAACCAUCAUCUUGAAUGAACUUUGUCAAUGAGAUCUUGAACUGUCUAAAGUGGUUUUAAUUUAAUAACCUUUAUGAAAUUUUGAAUUAUGUUUCUAGCCUCUAUAAAGUAUCAAAUUGUAUUUUAAAAUGAAUGCCUAAUGACCUCCUAAGAAACCCAAAUAAUAAAUGAUUGCUUUCCUAUUCUUUUUUAUUGACUAAAAUAUCUCAGCAUACCAUAUUUUAGAAACAUUGUUCACUUUGCAGAUACAUUAAGCUAAGCUUAAAACAUUAUACUAGACUGAUGAUAUUUAAAAUUGAGUUGAAUUUGAGAUAUAAGGGCUGUUCCACUUUUUCAUUUAGUAGGCUUGUAACCUUAAGAAGCUUAUAUAAAGAACAAAUAUAAAAUUAAGAGUAUGGACAGGUCUUUUAACUUUUCUUGUGCUUCUUCCCUGUCUUGUUUUAGAUCUGGGGAAUGUUUUUCUUCUUUGGAAAGGGAAAAGCUUUGUGAAGAGGACUUUAGUCCAUUUUUAAUGUGACAAUUACGAAUAGGAACUCAUAGUAAACUAACUUUUAGAUGACAGUAAUCCAACUAUGAAAGCCUUUCUCUGCUAUUCCCAUUCUCUUUUAUAAAUCUAGCUCUUUUUUUUUUUAAAUCUGACUCCUUUACAACUAUAUUUUUAUGCUUUGAUUAGUGAUGCCAUAAGAUAUUUCUUUGUGCAUAUAUGCUUUAUAGUGAAUUUAUGUUUGUUGACCUGUCUUUCCAGAAACAUGUGGAAACUAGUACAACUCUACUGAACUUACUUUGUUUCUCACCAGAAUCCUUUGGGGCAACUAGAGAAUUGGAGUCAUCGCCUGAAGUAGAACUAGAAGACUGACACAAAAGGCAUAACAGAAGGGAGGAGCUCAGAAGAUAGGAUAGCAAUUUAAAAAAUGGUGAUUCCAAAAGGACAGUUUUGGAGGUACAUCUUUAUCUAUAGCUGGGGGAUAUUCAAGCUAUAGGUAUGGAAGAAUAAAAAGAUCAAGAUCUUGGGGAACCAGGAAAAGCAAUUUUUUAAAAGGUAGUCUUUAUAUCCUCUUAGGAAAUCCCAAAGAGUAUAUGUAGGAGAAAGAGAGUAAUUAAUUGUGGGUUGUCUGUGAGGGAAGGAGAAAAACUAUAAUUCAUUCUUAUGAAGAGAAAAAGAGGUGCUUCUGGAAGACCUCUCCAUACCUGAAGUGAAGAUAUGACUGAAAAUGGGCAGAUUUAUACUUGGAAUUGUCCUUGAAAGUAACUAAUGACUUAAAUAAACAUGUCUUUCUCUCUGGUUUAAA